CCAACUCCAACCAGCACAACGAAGUCCCGCGCACGCAAAGAAGUCACGUCCAAACUGAAGGUGACAACAUGGAGUCCGCGCCGUCAACGGCGGCGGUCAUGGAGCGCGAGCGCCUCACGGCCGAGCUGGCCUUCGCGGAGGCCGACGCAGAGCCUAGCAGCUUCGUCGUCAAGAUCCGGCGUCGGCUGCCGGACUUCGCGCGCAGCGUCAACCUCAAGUACGUCCGCCUCGGCCUGCGCUCUGGCGCCAUCCCUGCGCCCUCCUCAUGGGUCCCGCUCGCGCUCGCGCCGUCGCUCCUCGUCGCGGCGGCAUACUCGCUCGUUGGCGCGGACAAGUUCUACUCACUCGACCUGCUCACCUGCAUCGCGUGGCUCGCCGCGGCGGUGCUGCUGCUCACCGUGUAUUUCCUCAUGCGCCCAAGGCCGGUGUACCUCGUGGACUUCGCGUGCUACAGGCCGGGCAACGAGCACGCCAUCUCCAAGGAGGGCUUCCUGGACAUGACAGAGAGCACGGGCUGCUUCAACGCGGAGGCACUCGAGUUCCAGACCAAGAUCACCAAGCGCUCCGGACUCGGCGAUCGGACGUACCUCCCGCCGGGCAUCCAGGCACGGCCGCCGCGGCUGUCUAUGGAGGAGGCGCGCGCGGAGGCCGAGGCCGUCAUGUUCGGCUGCCUCGACUCGCUAUUCUCGGCCACGGGCAUCGACCCACGCCGCGAUGUGCGCGUGCUCAUCGUCAACUGCAGCCUCUUCAACCCGACGCCGUCGCUGGCGUCCAUGGUAGUGCACCGCUACAAGAUGCGGGAGGACGUCAAGUCGUUCAACCUUGGAGGCAUGGGGUGCAGCGCAGGGCUCAUCGCCGUGGACCUCGCCAGGGACAUGCUGCAGGCGAACCCCGGGUGCUACGCCGUCGUGGUGAGCACCGAGAACAUCACGCUGAACUGGUACUUCGGCAACGACCGCUCCAUGCUGCUGUCCAACUGCAUCUUCCGCAUGGGCGGCGCUGCCGCGCUGCUGUCCAACCGCCGCGCCGACGCCGGGCGCGCCAAGUACAGGCUGCUACACACGGUACGCACCCACAAGGGCGCCGCGGACGAGUGCUACGGCUGCGUGUACCAGCGCGAGGACGGCACCGGCCGCGUCGGCGUGUCGCUGGCGCGCGAGCUCAUGGCCGUCGCCGGGGACGCGCUCAAGACGAACAUCACCACCCUGGGCCCGCUGGUGCUCCCGAUAUCGGAGCAGCUCAAGUUCCUCAAGUCCCUCGUGCUCCGCCGCGCCCUCCGCUCCCGCGGUGUCCGUCCGUACAUCCCGGACUUCCGGCGCGCGUUUGAACACUUCUGCGUGCACGCCGGCGGGCGCGCCGUGCUGGAGGAGGUGCAGCGCAGCCUGGGGCUCAGGGACGCGGACAUGGAGCCCAGCAGGUGCACCCUGCACCGCUUCGGCAACACCAGCAGCAGCUCGCUCUGGUACGAGCUCGCCUACGCCGAGGCCAAGGGCCGCGUCCGCCGCGGCCACCGCGUGUGGCAGAUCGGAUUCGGAUCCGGAUUCAAGUGCAACAGUGCUGUCUGGCGCGCGCUCCGCGACGUGCCGCCCGUGCACGCCGACGGCGCCGGCGGUGGCAGCAACUGCAACCCGUGGGUGGACAGCAUUCAGAGCUACCCGCCAAAAGAGUACAUCUGAUCGCCAUCUUCUUUGUGGUGAAUUAAUCACGUCCUGUUGGAUCAGUUGUACUAGCCGCGACGCAGUAGUGCACGAGAACUGUAUGUAUGGUGAUUUUUUUUUUGUUUCUUCAUCAGGUAGGAGCUGAAUCUUCUUUCUUCUACCUUUACAUACAGUAGUGCAUGCGAGAACAAGGCGUUGCCACGCAUUGGAUUACCGAGUGCUGUGGCUUCUUAAUGAUUGCGGACCGGUAGACGUAUUUAAAUUGAGAUUAUGGUAAGUAUGGUAGAUGAACAACAAAAAGGAGCAGUUGUAGAAUGUGAAUGCGUGUAAAUUAUUCCACCAAAGAUUGUACUUCUAUGUCAGAAUGGUUUUUCUUU